AUGCACGUGCUCAAUAAGGUCCAGGAAGUCUCGCAAUGGCGCAAGCAGACGGUAGAUUGCAAGACACAGACGAUUGGGUUUGUGCCAACGAUGGGCUGCCUACAUGAGGGACACAUGACGCUCGUGCGGAGAUCGUGCGCGGAAAACGACUUUACUGUUGUCUCAGUCUUCGUAAACCCUUCGCAGUUUGCGCCGAACGAAGAUCUUGACCGCUAUCCCAGGACGUUGGCAGCGGAUCGCGCGUUGCUGGAAGAGGCCGGUGUGGACGUGCUCUUUGCUCCCUCUCCCGCGGAAAUGUACCCGCGCGGCAUCCCACUGGAGGUCGAGGCGCAGCGCGGGCCGUUUGUGUCGGUGCUUGGCGUCAGCGAGAUGCUGGAGGGUCGCACCCGUCCACGCUUCUUCCGCGGUGUGGCGACGGUCGUUGCUAAGCUGGUCAACAUUGUUGCUCCGGACCGCGCGUACUUCGGCCAGAAGGACAUCCAGCAGUGCAUAGUCGUGGACACGAUGUUCCGCGAACUGUUCAUGAGCGUUCAGAUGAUCAUGCUGCCGAUUGAGCGCGACGCCAACGGCCUGGCCCUCAGCAGCAGAAACAAGUACAUGUGCGCCGAGACCAUUGCACUGGCGUCCAACAUAUACCGCGGCCUGCGUGCGGCGGCGACGGUGCUGCAGGACGCCCCCUCCGACGUAUUGCGCGAGGCCGUCAUCGCUGCCGCCAACACAGUGUGGGAGCCGCUUAUCAACUCCGGCGACUUUCGCGUCGACUAUCUCUCUGUCGCCGAUCGCACAACCCUCGCAGAGCUGGGCCCCACAAUUUCCCGCGAGCAGGACGUCGUGCUCAGCUGUGCGAUCUACGUGACCGACCGCGCCAAGCCCGACACCGUUGUGCGCCUGCUCGACAACAUCCUCGUGCCUCCACGCACAUGA